UCUCUCUCUCUCUCUCUCUCUCUCUCUAAGCCAGGGCAUUACAGCACUGCCCUCUGGUGCAGCCAAAGUUGGAGUGUUCCUGGGGUGAGCAGUCCACUCCAUGAGGAUAACUCACCCUAAACCACCCUCAGGUGCCUUUGAGGAAACUCGGGAGAGGACGCCAGCCCUCGGUGGGGUGGCCGGGCUCCGCGGCGAUCGGUGCAUCACGGCCAGGCUGUGAGCGGUUUCCAGCGCUUUUGUCUGGCGCCGGGAGCGAGGCUCAGCAGAGCAAGGCACAAUCGGAGCCGCUCUGGGAGGGCUGCGACGAGGUGUGCUGCUUUCCCUGUGGCUGGACCUAUCCUCCCAGAGCUGCCCGGCGGGACAGAGAGGUUUCUUGCUGACCUCACCUGGGCGCAGUGGCCUGGUGGCUUUACAGGGAAAUGUGUUCUCUGAGAGCAGCAGCAGCAGUCCUGGCUCCCUGGACGGAGAAGCACUAGUGGGGCUCAAGCCCUGGCCCCUCAUUGGCCUGAGGAAGCCCCGAGCCCCUUUCAGGGAUCUGGGAGCUGGCAUGUCUGUGGCCCGGGGUCUGCUGCCAGGCUUGGGCUGGGGUCCUGAGCUCUGACGCUGGGGGUGAGCAGGGGAGAGCCCGGUCACAGAUAGCCGGGCUGAUGGUGCUGGUGUCCCCAGUGCUGCUUCUCCUGCCUGCUGUCUGAUUUCACUGCACGCGGCUGAGCUGCUAGUGGUGAGUACUUGGACAGAUGUCCCUUUGCGCGUUCGCUGGCCGUGUCCAAGUGAGUCACAGUGGAUCAGCUCCACAGCUUUAUUUUCGGAGGCUAGACAUUUGUUUGUCUGCCGUUAUGCCAGCUGGGUGGGUGGGAGAGCAGGGAGCAGGGCUGACAUGGGUGCAGAGGUGAGGCCCUACUAGCGAACUGGGGCCACAGGUGUUUUUCCCAGGAGUAAGGGGCUCCUGGAAGGAGAAGCUUCUUUCACUGCUUCCCUCCCCUGGUUGGGUAGAGAUGUGCCUAAGAGCAUGUGGAGGGAUGGCAGCCUCGAAAUGCCCACCACUCCCAGGUGCUCCAGGCUUUGGGGCCAACGCACACUCUUGCUGCCAAACCUCUGCUACUGAAGGGCUGGGAAUGCAGAGUAAGAUUUGCCAGGCCCUUUCCCGGGCCAUGGGCUUAUCACCUUCCACCCUGAUAUCACCACCCUGGAGCCCUUGGCUCUGUGGUCCUUUUGCUUGCUUCCGUAGAAACCUUGACCCGUUUGCUGGGCAUCUGAGAGUCAGGCUGCUACCAGCACUGCCGGGAAAUGGCAUUGGAACACUGGCUUUGUAAACAGUGGUAGAUCCCCACCUAGAAUGUGCACAGAAUGAGACACGGUGAAGCUGGGAAGCCGAAACCCUUAGGACCCAGGAACCCUCUGUUUCAGCCCUGACUCCUGCCUACCCAUCUGAACCCUUGUCUUUGGUGGUUACAGUUAUGUUUGCAGCUUGGGCUGCCUCUGGGAAUAAGGAGGUCUAUGAGAUGGGUACCUGCGGCGUGAAGUCAUGCUUCCUGUAUUCCUAUGUGCACCCUCGACUAUCUUUUUUGACCUCACAGGGUUGCUCAUGUUUCUGGCUUUCCAAAUGUGCUUGUGAUCAGCAUGUUUUCUCUGUCUUGUGAUGGUGCAGUCUUUGCUUAUAGCUCCAUAAGUUUCAUACAAUGAGCAUGUUUGGACAAGAUAAUCUCUGAGAUCCCACUGGGAACACCUCCAGCUUUCCAGAGGAUUGUGUGUGGGACAGCUCUCUGCUGCACCCUGCCCCACCCCAAUAUAUCCCAAUCCUUUGAGGACGAUCUGAAAUCUAAGGCAGGGCUGAAGGGCCGUGAUUCUGAUUCGUUUGCAAUUUCUCUUUGUACAACUCAGUAAUCAUGGCUCGGAGGGUGCAGCAGUGUUCAGGGCAGGGCUUCUCAAUAGUGGCACUGUUAACAAGUUGAGCUGGCUAAUUCCUGGUGCUGGGAAACUGUCCUAUGCCUUGUAGAAUGUUUGGCAGCAUCCCUGGUCUCCACCUACUAAGAUGCCAGUAGCACCUUUAUUUGUGACAGCCAAAAAUGCCUUACCAAAUGCCCCCUUAGGGCAGAAUUACUCCUGGUUGAGAGCUGCUGGUUCACAUUAACCCUGCUGCUGCUGCUACCUUCUCUCCUUGGGCCCUCAGGUGACGUUUGGCCUCACGGGACUGGGUCUCAGCAUGGCCAAGUGAAGUGUAACCAUCUCUGGCCUGGGAGUGCAAACAUGUGGGCUCUGGGCUGUGUGAUCUUGCUCACAUUCUCACCCAAUCUAGACUGGAGAAUCAUUUCUAGUCCUCCCCAGUUUCCAACAAACCUCCAGAUCUUCCCAGUGGAAAUGUGGGCUUAGGUGCUGGUUUGGUCUCUCCAUCUGUGCGUUGUGUAGUCUGGGAAGGAAAAUCCCACUGUAGGGUACCACAUUCCCUCCUGACACCUGCCCCAAAGCCAAAAGUGGCAUCAAGGCCAGGAUGGGUUUAGCAUCCAGAGCAUGUGUGAGCUUGUGCAUGUGUGUGCAUAUAUGUGCAUAUGUAGUUGCCAGCAGCUUUCUGGCUCCUGUACAGUAUGAAUGAUGUGGGGGUGAGCCCUGCCUUGGGGAGCUUGCUGAGUUGGACACACAUCAUGUUAUGCACCAAUGGAGAAAUAAACCAAUUGAGAUGGCUCUGUGCCUUGCUUGGAUUAAGUCUCAUCCUUAAGGCAAAAUGCUUCCGAGGAAGAACAGGAGAAGAAGAGCCUCUUGAGUUUCUUGCUCAUCAGAGUCCCUGUGGGGUCCUGGAGUCCUGCUCUCCAACAUUCAGGAGGCUCCGUGGGGGAGAAGUUCCAGAACUGAUGAUGUUGUGAGCAGAGGCAGCAUGGCGAGUGUGUGGCAAGGGCGUGCAUACGUUGUGAAGCCCUUGGGUACCUUUAUCUGACAGUGAGUUUGGGGGGCGGGUAGAGAAGGUCUCUCAGGAGUGCCCUUCCCCCUCUUGUGUAGGCCUCCUGUGUAGGAGAAAGCUGUCACCCUUUUCUCCAUGCCUCCCAUUCACUCUGCCGAAACUUGUCUUCCGGGCUGGAAGGCAGGCUCCCCACCAUCCCUGAGCACAGAGGAGGGACUUACGGGAAGCCCAAGUUGCAGAGAAAUCACAGCCAAAUUCUGAUUUGUGGAACAGAGUGAAGAGGUGCUCCAGGUGCCACAAACCAGCAAAUCAUCUCCUGAUCAGCCUGCCGGGCUUUGAAAUGCCUCAUGUGAUCCAUUUGCAGCAGAUUUUAUCUCCUAAUGAUGCUUGAUUCUGGUGGGUCUGCUGCCCAGCCUGCCUCCGGGAGCUACAACUGCCGAGGGGUCCACCAUGGUGGCUGCGGGACCCCUGGCCAUCUCGCUGCUGCUGCCCAGCCUCACCCUGCUGGUGUCCCACCUCUCCAGCUCCCAGGAUGUCUCCAGCGAGCCCAGCAGCGAGCAGCAGCUGUGCGCCCUGAGGGAGCACCCCACCGUGGCCUUUGAAGAUCUGAAGCCCUGGGUCUCUAACUUCACCCACCCUGGGGCCCGAGACUUCUCCCAGCUCGCGCUGGAUCCCUCCAGAAACCAGCUCAUCGUGGGAGCCAGGAACUACCUCUUCAGACUCAGCCUUGCCAAUGUGUCCCUCCUCCAGGCCACAGAGUGGGCCCCCAGCGAGGACACGCGCCGCUCCUGCCAAAGCAAAGGGAAGACUGAGGAGGAGUGUCAGAACUACGUGCGAGUCCUAAUCGUCGCUGGCCGGAAGGUGUUCAUGUGCGGGACCAACGCCUUCUCCCCAGUGUGCUCCAGCAGACAGGUGGGGAACCUCAGCCGGACUAUUGAGAAGAUCAAUGGUGUGGCCCGCUGCCCCUACGACCCUCGCCACAACUCCACAGCUGUCAUCUCCUCCCAGGGGGAGCUCUACGCAGCCACUGUCAUCGACUUCUCAGGCCGGGACCCCGCCAUCUACCGAAGCCUGGGCAGCGGGCCACCGCUUCGCACUGCCCAGUAUAACUCCAAGUGGCUCAAUGAGCCAAAUUUCGUGGCAGCCUAUGAUAUUGGGCUGUUUGCGUACUUCUUCCUGCGUGAGAACGCAGUGGAGCAUGACUGUGGACGCACCGUGUACUCUCGGGUGGCCCGCGUGUGCAAGAACGAUGUGGGGGGCCGGUUCUUACUGGAGGACACGUGGACCACGUUCAUGAAGGCCCGGCUCAACUGCUCCCGCCCGGGCGAGGUCCCCUUCUACUACAACGAGCUGCAGAGUGCCUUCCAUCUGCCUGAGCAGGACCUCAUCUACGGAGUCUUCACCACCAACGUGAACAGCAUCGCCGCGUCUGCUGUCUGCGCCUUCAACCUCAGUGCCAUCUCCCAGGCUUUCAGUGGGCCAUUUCGCUACCAGGAGAACCCCAGGGCUGCCUGGCUCCCCAUCGCCAACCCCACCCCCAACUUCCAGUGCGGCACCCUGCCUGAGACUGGCCCCAACGAGAACCUGACGGAGCGCAGCCUGCAGGACGCGCAGCGCCUUUUCCUGAUGAGCGAAGCCGUGCAGCCGGUGACACCCGAGCCCUGUGUCACCCAGGACAGCGUGCGCUUCUCACACCUCGUGGUGGACCUGGUGCAGGCCAAGGACACGCUCUACCACGUGCUCUACAUCGGCACCGGCCACUUCGUCUGCCCCGCGCCCCCAGAGUCGGGCACCAUCCUGAAGGCACUGUCCACGGCGAGCCGCAGCCUCCGCGGCUGCUACCUGGAGGAGCUGCACGUGCUGCCCCCCGCGCGCCGCGAGCCGCUGCGCAGCCUGCGCAUCCUGCACAGCGCGCGCGCGCUCUUCGUGGGGCUGAGCGACGGCGUGCUGCGCGUGCCGCUGGAGCGCUGCGCCGCCUACCGCAGCCAGGGGGCAUGCCUGGGGGCACGGGACCCGUACUGCGGCUGGGACGGGAAGCAGCAACGUUGCAGCACGCUCGAGGACAGCUCCAACAUGAGCCUCUGGACCCAGAACAUCACAGCGUGUCCUGUUCGGAAUGUGACACGGGACGGAGGCUUUGGCCCGUGGUCACCAUGGCAACCAUGUGAGCACUUAGAUGGAGACAACUCAGGCUCUUGCCUGUGUCGGGCCCGAUCCUGUGACUCCCCUCGACCACGCUGUGGGGGCCUCGACUGCCUGGGGCCGGCCAUCCACAUCGCCAACUGCUCUAGGAAUGGGGCGUGGACCCCGUGGUCAUCGUGGGCGCUGUGCAGCACGUCUUGUGGGAUCGGCUUCCAAGUCCGCCAGCGCAGUUGCAGCAACCCUGCUCCCCGCCACGGGGGCCGCAUCUGCGUGGGCAAGAGCCGGGAGGAGCGGUUCUGUAACGAGAACACGCCUUGCCCGGUGCCCAUCUUCUGGUCGUCCUGGGGCUCCUGGAGCAAGUGCAGCAGCAACUGCGGAGGUGGCGUGCAGUCGCGGCGUCGCACCUGCGAGAACGGCAACUCCUGCCCGGGCUGCGGCGUGGAGUUCAAGACGUGCAAUCCCGAGGGCUGCCCCGAAGUGCGGCGCAACACGCCGUGGACGCCGUGGCUGCCCGUGAACGUGACGCAGGGCGGGGCGCGGCAGGAGCAGCGUUUCCGCUUCACGUGCCGCGCGCCCCUGCCCGACCCCCACGGCCUGCAGUUUGGCCGGAGAAGGACGGAGACUAGGACUUGCCCGCCGGAUGGCUCUGGAGCCUGCGACACCGACGCCCUGGUGGAGGACCUCCUGCGCAGCGGGAGCGCCUCCCCGCACACGGUGAGCGGGGGCUGGGCCGCCUGGGGCCCCUGGUCGUCCUGCUCCCGGGACUGCGAGCUGGGCUUCCGCGUCCGCAAGAGAACGUGCACGAACCCGGAGCCACGCAACGGCGGCCUGCCCUGCGUGGGCGACGCCGCGGAGUACCAGGACUGCAACCCCCAGGCUUGCCCAGUGCGAGGUGCCUGGUCUUGCUGGACCUCGUGGUCCCCAUGCUCAGCCUCCUGCGGUGGGGGCCACUAUCAACGCACACGCUCCUGCACCAGCCCCGCGCCCUCCCCGGGUGAGGACAUCUGUCUCGGGCUGCACACGGAGGAGGCGCUAUGUUCCACACAGGCCUGCCCAGAAGGCUGGUCGCUGUGGUCUGAGUGGAGCGCGUGCACUGAGGACGGAGCGCAGAGCCGCAGCCGGCGCUGUGAGGAGCUCGUCCCAGGGCCCAGUGCCUGUGCUGGAAACAGCAGCCAGAGCCGCCCCUGCCCCUACAGCGAGAUUCCUGUGAUCCUGCCUGCCUCCAGCAUGGAGGAGGCCACCAGCUGUGGAGGGUUCAGUCUCAUCCACCUGGUGGCCACGGGUGUCUCCUGCUUCCUGGGCUCUGGGCUCCUGACCUUGGCAGUGUACCUGUCUUGCCAGCACUGCCAGCGUCAGUCCCAGGAGUCCACACUGGUCCAUCCUGCCACCCCCAACCACCUGCACUACAAGGGUGGGGGCACCCCCAAGAACGAGAAGUACACACCCAUGGAGUUCAAGACCCUAAACAAGAAUAAUUUGAUCCCUGAUGACAGAGCCAACUUCUACCCAUUGCAGCAGACCAAUGUGUACACGACCACCUACUACCCAAGCCCACUGAACAAACACAGCUUCCGGCCUGAGGCCUCCCCUGGACAACGGUGCUUCCCCAACAGCUGAUACCACCGUCCUGGGGACUUGGGCUCCUUGCCUUCCUAAGGCACAGAGCAGGUGGAGAUGGGACAGUGGAGCCAGUUUGGUUUCUCCCUCUGCACUAAGCCAAAAACUUGCUGCCUUGCCCGUGGGGGUCACACCUGGCUUGAGAGAGCUCUGGCUGGCGUUGACCAUGGGGGAGAGGGCUGGCUUCAGGCUGGCACCUGGCUGCGGGUCCAGCUCAGCCCAGGUCUCCCAUGGCCGCCUUGUGACCCACCAUCACGCUGACCCUCCCCUGCCAUGCCUGGCUGCAGACCUGCUGGGCGUGUGAGGAAUCGGAGAGUGGAGCUGGCGAGAGGGCAGGCUCUUGGGUUUGACCUGGAAACAACUUCCUGUGGCCGCCACGAGCUGAGUCUGGCUCUCUUUGGCUGGCCCCAAGAAUGGCCUUGGCUAAAUCCUGAUUAUCUCUGAAAGGAACUAGUCAAAUGGCCCAGUAGCUCUGGAUUCUCUGCCCAGGGAUGGGCCAUUGUGGUGCUGCCCCAAUGUGACAUAGGGGACCAAGGCCAGCCCAGGUUGUUCACCUCUGCCUGGCAGUCCGUACUUCACCCAGGGACAUCCCUCUGGUCAGAGGCGGUGAGGACUGGGGACUGGAGGCUGGGCUUUGCUGAGAAGCCCUUUCAUCUGAGCUGGUGCAGGCCUUAGCCUUGCCCUCAGUGCGGGACAGGUGGCCCGGGAGAAAAGGAGGCUGAAGGCUGCAGGAGGCAGGAGUCUGGCCACCGUGCCUCUCUGGAGACUGUCUGCCAGUUGCUGCUCAACAGAGUUGUUGGCUGAGACCUGCUUGGGAGUCUCUGCUGGCCCCUCGUCUGUUCAGGAACACACACACACACACACACACACACACACACACACACACGGUCACAAUCACAAGCUGCCACAGCAACACAGGAAUCGGGCUGUGGCAUUAUUAAUUAAAGAUGAUAUCCAGUCUCCU